AUGAAAAAUGUUACAACUGAAUUAAUUGAAAUUUUAAUACAAUUUAUCAUAAAAUAUUAUAGAAAUAUCAGUUUAAGCAUUGAAAAUACUAAUAUAGAUAUCAUAUUAUUACAAGAUUCACAAAGAUCUUCAAUUUGA